GUUCACUGAAUUCACUUUUCCUCGUGCUGACUUUCUAAAUGACCCCAAAUGCGAUCUUUAGCCCGACGUUUUCGUUCUGUUACCAGACUUCUCUUGCCAAGGACGUGUUCUUCGCGUGCCUGCGCAUGCGUUGACAGCAACAACAUGGCGACGAUCCAGUCUGAAGGGAUGGAUCCUGACCGUGAUCGCGACACGGCGCCCAUCCUGGCGGGCGACGGCGGGCUCAGGCGCCGGGAACAGGUCCGUAACCAGUUCCUGGCGACCUUCGUGUCCACCCUGGGCCCGCUGGCGUUCGGCAUGGUGCUGGGGUACUCGUCUCCUGCCCUGCCAGAUCUAAAGAAGGAAAGUGGUGCCGUACACAUGGACAGCUACCAUGGGUCCUGGUUUGGGUCGCUCUCCGCGAUCGGUGCCAUGUUCGGAGGACCGGUAGGAGGAUGGUGUAUCGAGGCGUUGGGGAGAAAAACAUCACUUAUGACAGCAGUACUACCAUUCACAGGUGGAUGGUUGAUACUGGCUUAUGCUCAGAACCUGGCUAUGUUGUACGUGGGUCGACUGUUGACUGGCAUUGCAGCAGGCAUGACCUCACUUACUGUUCCUGUGUAUGUGGCAGAGAUCUCGUCCCCCCGCUUGCGAGGUCUGCUCGGCGCGUCGUUCCAGUUGAUGGUGACCAUCGGGAUCCUCCUGGUGUACGUGUUUGGCAACUUCCUGGGCUGGAGAUGGCUCGCUAUAGUCUGCUUACUCCCAGCUGUGAUCCUGAUCAUUGCGAUGGCGUUCAUGCCGGAGACUCCCCGCUGGCUGCUGGCGAAAGGUCGUCGCCCGGCCGCGGUGACGUCGCUGCUGUGGCUGCGCGGGCCGGACGUGGAUGUGGAGGACGAGUGUGCAGACAUCGAGAGUAACCUCCAGCAGCAGGAGAGCAUGUCGUGGAGAGAGUUCACCCAGCCGAGCCUGCUGAAGCCCUUUGCCAUCGGGAUGGCCCUGAUGUUCUUCCAGCAGUUCAGCGGAAUCAACGCCGUCAUCUUCUACUCCGUGUCCAUCCUGGAGGAUGCAGGUGUGGAGGGGAAUACAGGAGCCAUCAUAGUGGGCGCUGUACAGGUGGUUGCCACCUUUGUUGCCUGUCUCCUGAUGGACAAGAUGGGACGUCGCGUCCUUCUGAUCGUGGCAGGUACCGGCAUGGCAAUCACAUCUGUCACCUUCGGCCUGUACUUCCAACUGGAGCAGAACAACGGUCACAACUCCACCCUCACCUUGGCAACAACACCCACACCCACCCCUGCCCCCGGUCCUGAUCUCAGCUGGUUAUCCCUCACCAGUAUGAUUGUCUACAUCAUAGCCUUCUCCCUGGGGUGGGGGCCGAUCCCGUGGCUCAUGAUGAGCGAGAUUUUCCCGUCCCGCGCGCGAGGCACGGCCAGCGGCAUCGCCACGCUCUUCAACUGGUUCGGCGCCUUCAUCGUGACCAAGGAGUUCGAUGACAUGGUGAAGGCGUUCACGGAGCAGGGCGCGUUCUGGUUCUUCGCCGGGAUCUGCCUCCUGGGCGUGCUGUUCGUCUUCUUUGUCGUGCCCGAGACGAAGAACGUCUCCCUGGAGGAGAUCGAGGCGUACUUCGAGGGGAAGGGGAAGCCCCGCUCGGCGCUGCAGACGUCGGCCUACUCUUCGCCACCACUGGAGGAGAGCUAGGAACCCAAGGGGAGGCCUAGGAACCUAGCGUCUACCAGGCUUUAGGAGAUGGCUGGAAAGAGUAGAAAUCGGCCAAAUAAAGAGAUA